CAUUCAGCGCCACCCUGUGAGUGCAGGCGCUGGUUGCUGGGGCUAUUAAUGUUUCCGGGAGCAGGGCUGUCACCCGGAACUGUUCCCCUUGGGGUGACCGUUUCCAGCCGGACCCGGCGGCGGCUGCACUCCGCCAACCGCGCCGCCUCAUGGCCUUCAACUUCGGGGCAGCCGCCGGCGCCGCCGCCGCUAACCCGACAGGUGCAUUUGGAGGAUUUGGGACAACUACCACCGCUCCUGGAUCAGCAUUUAGCUUUUCUGCUCCUACCAACACAGGCACCACUGGACUGUUUGGUGCUACCCAAAACAAAGGUUUUGGAUUUGGUACUGGUUUUGGUGGAGCAGGAACUGGUACUGGCCUAGGUACUGGUUUAGGAACUGGGUUAGGCUUUGGAGGAUUCAGUACCCAACAGCAGCAGCCCACAUUAGGUGGCUUGUUCAGUCAGCCCACGCAGGCACCUUCCCAGUCCAACCAGCUGAUAAACACAGCCAGUGCUCUUUCUGCUCCCACGCUCUUGGGAGAUGAGCGAGAUGCUAUUUUGGCAAAGUGGAACCAGUUGCAAGCCUUCUGGGGGGCGGGCAAAGGAUAUUUUAACAGCAACAUUGCUCCGGUGGAGUUCACACAGGAAAACCCAUUUUGCAGAUUUAAGGCUGUGGGCUUCAGUUGCAUGCCCAACAACAAAGAUGAAGAUGGCCUGGUGGUCUUAGUCUUCAAUAGAAAAGAAGUAGACAUACGAAACCAGCAGCAGCAGCUAGUAGAAUCACUGCACAAAAUUUUGGGAGGCAACCAGACCCUUACGGUCAAUGUAGAAGGCGUUAAAACACUGCCAGAUGACCAGACUGAAGUUGUCAUUUAUGUUGUUGAACGGUCACCAAAUGGGACUUCAAGGAGAGUUCCAGCCACAACCCUGCAUGCUCAUUUUGAACAACUUAACAUAAAAACAUCACUGCAGCAGCUUGGAGUUACCCUCUCCAUGGCCAGAACGGAACUUUCUCCAGCACAAAUCAAACAGCUUCUACAGAAUCCUCCUGCUGGUGUUGAUCCUAUUAUCUGGGAACAGGCCAAAGUGGAUAAUCCUGAUCCUGAAAAGCUUAUCCCUGUACCAAUGGUAGGGUUCAAAGAGCUGCUGAGAAGGUUAAAGGUCCAAGACCAGAUGACAAAGCAGCAUCAGACCAGAUUAGAUAUAAUAUCAGAAGAUAUUAGUGAGCUACAGAAAAAUCAGACCACAACCAUGGCAAAAAUAGCCCAGUACAAGAGGAAACUAAUGGAUCUUUCUCAUAGAACCUUACAGGUGUUAAUUAAACAAGAGAUCCAAAGGAAAAGUGGCUAUGCCAUUCAGGCUGAUGAGGAACAACUUCGUGUACAGUUAGACACCAUUCAGUGUGAGCUCAAUGCACCUACUCAGUUCAAGGGUCGACUAAAUGAACUGAUGUCUCAGAUCAGGAUGCAAAAUCAUUUUGGAGCAGUUAGGGCUGAAGAGAGGUACUACAUUGACGCAGAUCUCUUACAAGAAAUCAAGCAACAUUUGAAGCAGCAACAAGAAGGCCUGAGUCAUUUGAUUAGCAUAAUAAAAGAUGACCUGGAAGAUAUAAAACUCAUAGAACAUGGAUUGAAUGAGAGCAUCCCUAUCAGAGGAGGAAUCUUCAGUUGACUUGUCAUAGCCCACUGUAAGGGGCAUAUCAAAUGCAUUACCUUGUUUCAGCAUUCACUUUCAAAGCCUGAAACUGACCAGGUUAAAUAAAAUGCAUAUCUUAGUAUAGGAUUUUCAGAAA